AUGAAUUACGAAUUUGAGCGAGAGAGCGGUUUUAUCAAUAGUCAGCCGUCGCUUGCUGAGUGCCUGACAUCUUUUACCCCUGUGGGUGAUGCAUUUCAAAGUUCAUCAAUCAAGAACUCGACGCUUUCACAGUCGACACUGAUUCCUCCUCCUUUUGAGCAGACCAUUCCCAGCCUCAACCCGGGCAGCCACCCACGCCCCAGCCGGUCAAAGCAGAGUCUGAAUGGAGUCUGUAGCCCUCUGCCAGCCGCAUCCCUACCCCCGGAGUACCCCUGGAUGAAGGAGAAGAAAGCCUCCAAGAAAAACCACCAGACUACUGCCACAGCUACAACUCCCGACACUGCACCUCUUUACUUCUCUCCCCAAGGUAAGACAUGAUUGAUUAGCCUAUAUAUUGCCUCUAUUCUAUUUUAAUUAAAUUACAGUCUGGGUAGGUAGCCUAUUAGCCUAUCAAAAUGCAUAGGUCUGUCUGGUCUCAACAUUCUAAUUUGGGGCUAAUUCUCUCUCAUGACUUGCAGAAUAUCUAUUAGCAAAAGUUUAAUUAUUUGAGCAUUCUUAGUGGUCAAUGUGCUUGCUGACUGGUGAUGCGGUGGAAGAAUGUUAAUGUGUGACAGUAAUGGAGAGUGAUAGAUUACUCUUACUGCAGGCCGACCGACCGGCAGCUGGCAUGUUCAUUAAUCUUCAAGCCAGUCGGCCUGGUCCACGUAGACCCAUCAUAUUCUGCUACGGGCUCAUAAAUCGUCUCAGUGCCGUGUCUGUGCUCCCAUAAACCAUUUGCUGGGCGGCCCAGUAGAACCUUUAGAUUUUUUAUUUACCAACUGCCAUUUAUAUAUAUUUGUAUUCAAUCAUCAAUUGCUUUUUUGUAUGGGUUGAACAUUUCAAAUAUCUUUCAAUGUGUUUCAGGGUCGCCAGAGAUUGCAGAGAGUGGUGACGGGGGUUCUCGGAGGCUGAGGACAGCGUAUACCAACACCCAGCUACUGGAGUUGGAGAAGGAGUUUCACUUCAACAAGUACCUGUGCAGACCCCGGCGGGUGGAGAUAGCUGCUUUACUGGAUUUAACUGAGAGGCAGGUGAAAGUCUGGUUCCAGAACCGCAGGAUGAAGCACAAGAGACAAACCCACUGCAAGGAGAACCAGAACGGCGAGGGGACAUUCAAUAGUCUGGAGGACAGGGGAGAGGAGGACUUCGAACAGGCUGCUAACAAUGUAGGCCUACCCGCCGGCGCGCUUCUGGAGAGGGAAAGCUACUCUUUUCACCAAAAUACCUUAACUUCACAACAACAGUCUCAGAAUGCACACAAUCACAAUGGAGAUUCCCAAAGCUCAACUGCUUCGCCUUUAAACAGCGAUGACAAAAAUCUGAAAAAUUUUCCUAACCCGGCACCCACUGUUCCUAUAUGCGUGUCAACAAUAGGCCCGGACUGCGCAUCUGGCGGGGACAAUGCCCAUUCCCCGGCCCUGGACGUCUCUUUGCAGGACUUUCACGUUUUCUCAUCGGAUUCCUUCUCACCAAGUUUGUCAGAUUCUAUAGAUAGUCCAAUGGGUUUAUCAACUGAAGGUUUCGAUUUUUUCUCAGAAACGCUCACAACAAUCGACCUGCAACACUUGAGCUAUUAA